AUGGGUGAACUUCCAGAAAGGAUUUUCAAUUCUUUGGUUUACCAAGGCUCGGUAGAAGAGCUAACGCUCAAGGAACUGUGUGCGGUGAUCGACAAAUUUGUUUCAACCUUUGAUUUAACUCACGAUCCGGACUCAGUAAUGACGACGGUAGAAGCCCAAUUAAGCCUUUUUCGUGUUUUUGGUCACGCAGUGCUUCGUGUUGCUGCAACUAGAGAUUACCUAUCUUCGGAUGUUGGAUCUCUUAUGCAAUGGCUGGGAAAACUAUACUUAGACAAGCCAGACUUCGAUUUUCAGUCAGUACUCAGCCAGCUUUGA